AUGAGCGACCCGGGGAAGGAAAACGCCCCCGAGACCGUGUCCGACGACGAUUCCAGUGACUCGUACUACAAGUCAAAGUUCAAAUUCAAAAAAAAUUCCAUAGAAAUAAAAAAAAAGAGUCUGCUAAAAAACAAAAUAAAGAAGAAUGACAUCGAGCAGAUAAUCAAAAACGACCCCAUCCUCAGUAAUAUCAACAGGGCGCUCGAAACUGAGGGGGAGGUCUUUUGCCUCGCCACGAAUGAGAAUGUGAAAGGGGAGCAGAGCUAUACCUCCGAUGGGGUCACUCAGAACGGGCAUAACACAAAGAAGCCAAAAAACGGAAGCGUCGUCUACUUCAAGGAACCCACGCUCACACACAAAGAAAUCAACCUCGACGACAGAAAAGACGCGCGAACGGACAAACAAGAACAUCCCAACGGAACAAACGGAACAGAUGACAGUGCUACACUAAAAAAUAAAUGCGUCCCUACCAGUGGCGGUACGAAAAAAAACUCCCUCCCCUCCGGCAAAAAUAAAAACAAAAAAAAAAUUACAAUUGGGGUCCUCAACGAUAAGUACAGCGUGGACGGGGCAAAGCCUCCACCGGGGAACGCUCCAAGGGGUCACAUCGGGAAAACCGUCACAAGGAAUGACGAAACGAAGAAGAAGGAAUUGUCCCCCCUGGCCAUUAUUAAAAAACACGGUCGACUGGUAAACCAAAUCAACGAAAUACACACCAGCAACGAUGAAGAAAUAGAACAUCUUCGCAACGAAUAUGCCUCACUCAAAAGUGACCUGCACAAAAUUAUGAGCAUAAUGAACGUGGGCCAGCGGGCCGUUUCUUCUUUGAAGUGA